UUCUGGAUCAGUACCCGAGUUGCCACCCGCAUGGAAGGAAGCAAAGUAGUCUCCUCUCCUCUUCCAUAUUAUUAGUUUUUCGCCUUGGAUCGAAUUUUCUGUGUGGAUCAUCUACUUCAUAUUUUAUUUAAGUUACAUUUAUCGCGUCAAGUGACACUGACAAUGAGUGAGUAUCGGGCUGGAUAAGCGCCCCAUACGUAUAAAAGUAUGUACUUAGUCACAUUUUCCGACUUGUGUGCACUUUUGAAAUAAAUGGCUGAGUGAAAGUCGGCCUGGGUGAAUUGUCAAAAGUUGGAAAUAAUCAAAAUGGUGUCGUCCCCCGAGAUGUGGAUGGAUGAAGACUAACUUUAUUCACACACUUUUCGUUCAUCCAGAAAACAACAGAAUCGGAUUUAACCGUCUUUUACCUUCACGGAUAAAAUAAUACCUUUAAUCUUAAUGCGCAAUCACACCCCUGCUGGGCAUGAUUAUAACCUUGAACUCUUCACUUUUCUUUAUGGGUUGCGUUUCCCCAUUUUUGUAGAUUUUGUGUAGAUUGGAUACACAUAUUUAUGCACACACAUUUCUAAAAAUCUAUAAACCACUAUACAUAUUUACAUAAUUACUUUCACAAGACGACGGGAUUAUAACCUUGAAGUUUUAACUUUUAUGGGUUGCGUUUCCCCAUAUUUUGGUACACAAACUACAAAUGCGUACCUACAUAUGUACAUUCCUAGAAAUCUAUGCUAUUUAUAUUUACAAACAUGCAUACUAUCGCAAGACGACGGGAACAUUUGUCUCGAUACGCUACGCUACCCAUGACCCAGAAAGAAAGAAAGAAAGAAAGAGAGAAAGUUAUUUUGUGCGUUCCACUUGAGAGAAGUAUGUACAUACACAAGGUUGACAAAUUGUACCAGUUGUUUACCUACAAUGUGAACUUAUCCUUAUAGCAUUGUACACAAACCGGGUUAACAUUCUGCACUUUUGUCGAACCGAUCUGGAUUAAAUAAAUAAGCACAAAAAAUAUAUCUUACUAUCAAAAUCAAGCCCACGCAGACGGUUAACCAACUUAGAAUGGAGGUCUCCCAGCGUAUGCUCUCCGAUUUUGUUCAAAUUCGCGUCAAUCAGUCACAUAUUUAAUUAAUACAAAAUUCGCAAAUGACACCAUCUCCCAAUGGGCACGUUUUGCAGAGAUAUUUACAAUCAAAUAGAAGAAAAACUGUACUAAAGCUGACAAAUUUUGCACACUUUCCAAAUUUACCCCUCGCUUUCUCCUCUCCGGAUGCAAAUAUCUCUGCCAAUCGUGCCCAUUCGGAGAUCGUAUCUUUCCCAAAUUCCAUACUAACUAAAUUUCUGACAGAUUCAGACUAGUUUUUUUGCUCAAAAUCUGUUGGCAUACGCUGCAAGACCUCCAUUCUGAGGAUGCAUGUCAUCUGUGUAAAGCCGUAAUAAACACGCAUACAUAUUUUCUGGAAUCAAUCGUGUCGUAAUUCCAUCACUGGCUAAAGGCCAGAAGGACAUGUAGUUGUUUCUACAAUUGCUUGAUGAAUGUGUUGCAGCAGGCACCUCACUCGCUUUUUUGUCUGACUGGAAUUUCAUAGCAUUCACUCCUUACAUAUACCCACGAACGAAUACAUAAAAUCCAGUUCGAGAGAAUAGACUGACUUGCUUUAUUAGCUCUCUCUCUCACAAGAUGUAUUGCUUUCACUUUGGGCGACGACUUGUUCCACUUUUUCCUUUACAAAGUUGGCCAACAUCCUGCCUUCCAUAUUUCACUCUUUUCUUGCUGCCGAAAUGAAGUGAAGUUUAACUUUUCGACUCACUCUUCACUUUCUCCCCACUAAGAAACUUUAAGAAAUGUGUGUGUAUAAAGAGUUGAAUCCGAAUAGCUGCCUAAUUUGCAUAAAUAAAUAAGUACUUGCCAUGCCUUACUGGAUCAAACUUCAGACCGGAUUAGACCAACACAUCCCUGCACAAUAAUAACAACAAGGAGAACUUUUCAAUUCCGGCUGCUACAUUAAUUAUUGAAAGACAUUGCCAUCUUAAUCUUGUUUAUAGCAAGAUUAACAAUCAGCCAGAGUUGCAGUUUCAUCAAUUCGGAACUUACUUGAUUAAGAUGAGAAAUAUACAUAAAUCUGAAAGAGAUGACCUGUGUGGUGACUAAAGAAGUUAAAAAAUUCAGUGACCAGUGCUCAAAAUGGAGACGCCACACUUAAAAUUGACAUAAAACUUGGGAAGCCCGGCGACAUUUCGGGUGAAAGGAGGACGUCUUCUUCUUCUCAUCCGACCACCGAAAAUAGCUUUUGCCAUGGAGCAACGUGUACGUCCACGUCGUUGUGAAGACAUUUUCCUGCUCUGCCCACGACGAUCUCUUCUCAGGAUCCAUUAAAUUAUCUCCUCUCCGCCCUUAUCAGAGGCAACUUUUUCCCUCCUCUCGCUCUCUCUCUGGCUGAUGAUAAUCAGAGCACUUCUUGCUCCGCUUAUUUGGCUGAGAGAAAGUUGGGGACAGGGCAGAAUUGAGUGGUGGAUCUGACAAGCUGUCACGUUGGAGGGAGGACGACGAGUCGUCGUGUCGUCGUCCGAUUACUCGUCACAUCAACCGCCGACCGCCGCUGAAACUUUUCUCAUUGUGUUUAACUUGGGAGUGAAGAGACGUUUCAACAAUUCCUUUAUUCAUAUUUUUCGACAUGGAGUAUCAAGCCAUCCGACUCCGCAAUAGGAAGCAUGUCAGGUUCAUCUCCUGGGUAGACAUGCUAAUUGCGGUAAUUAUGGUGUCGUAUUUUGCCUAUAAAUUCAUCUUCAGCGAUCUCAAUGACGUCACGAGGCCUCCGUUCAGUCCUGGCAAAUGGCGUGGAUUCGCAGAGUUCUUAUUCAGCUCAAUCUGUAUUGUGUACAGCACACAAUUUUUUAUUGCCUUGCUCCUGCUUUCAUCAACCAGUCGGACUGAAAACGUGGAGAAUGCCUGUGUCAAAAAUCAGGUGUGGAUUUGUGUCUCCCACUUCCUCUGUAUCACGCUGGCAAUCGAGCUUUUCAUCUUAGGCUUCAAUUUGAUACGACCCGGAGCGACGGCUGACCAGAUCAUGACCUUUGGGAUCGGGAUGGGCAUCUGUCUCUUCAAGAUUGCGUUUCGUCUCAUUGCAGAAAAGUCUGUGAAGGAAUAUCUUGCCGAUAUUUAUGACGUCCCUGGUGUUCACUUUUCCGACAGCAUGUACAACUCUUCCUCUCGCCCAGGAAGCAGGCACGACCUGGCGCAGAUGGACUUGAACGGCGAGGCGAACACGUACACGCCAUAUCGCGUCCGCAGCUUUGACUACGACUACGAUGACGAGUACUAUUUCGAAGAUGACGAUAAGGACCCCAGGGAUUUGUACUAUGACAAAUACGACGUCGUAUGAGGAACAUAGCAGAACUAAAUAUUCGUAAUUAUUACUCGUUAGAGCCUUACAUACUUAAUUGUGCAGAAUAGUUGCGCAAAAGUCAAGUAAGAGAUCAAGUCGUGCCAAAUUUCGCGAAUCAAUAACAGUUCCCGCGGAAGCUUGGGGACAGAGGACAAUGUCCCCACCGUUCUUCGAUGUCCCCAUCAUCUGCCCAUCUUAUAUAAACCCGUCCCUCCCCUAGUAUCCUACAAUGUCAAUGUCCCCACAUGUCCCCACGGCUUCCGCGGCCACUGAUCAAUAAUACUCAGUCAUAAUCAGAAGAAUAAAAUAUAAUAUCUUACAUAAUACGUAUUAAGGUUGUUCUAUCUCAAAUUAGUUAAUUUAAUAAAUUUAUGACAAUUUUGUCUUCAUAUGAAAAAGUUGAUGCAAUCAAUAAAAAUGCCAUUGUAUGAAUUUGA